ACUUUAGUCCGGAACGGAAGGUACGUGAGCAGCAGCAGCAAAGCGAAUCAAAAUGUGCGACGAAGAAAUUGCCGCGCUGGUUAUCGAUAAUGGGUCCGGUAUGUGCAAGGCUGGAUUCGCUGGAGAUGACGCGCCACGUGCUGUUUUUCCGUCCAUCGUGGGCCGUGCCCGGCACCAGGGUGUGAUGGUCGGUAUGGGUCAGAAGGAUUCCUACGUCGGUGAUGAGGCCCAGAGCAAGCGAGGUAUCCUGACGCUGAAGUAUCCGAUCGAGCAUGGUAUUGUAUCGAACUGGGAUGAUAUGGAGAAGAUCUGGCAUCACACCUUCUACAAUGAGCUGCGAGUUGCUCCGGAAGAACAUCCGGUGCUGCUGACGGAGGCUCCAUUGAACCCGAAAGCCAAUCGGGAGAAGAUGACCCAGAUCAUGUUCGAGACCUUCAACACCCCAGCUAUGUACGUAGCAAUCCAAGCUGUGCUGUCGUUGUACGCCUCGGGACGAACUACCGGUAUUGUACUGGAUUCCGGUGAUGGAGUAUCGCACACCGUACCCAUCUAUGAGGGAUACGCACUGCCACACGCCAUUCUUCGAUUGGAUUUGGCCGGUCGGGAUUUGACCGAUUACCUGAUGACGAUCCUUACUGAGCGAGGUUAUACCUUCACCACAACUGCCGAACGGGAAAUUGUUCGAGACAUCAAGGAAAAGUUGUGCUACGUAGCACUGGACUUCGAACAGGAGAUGGCUACUGCAGCGGCUAGCUCAACACUUGAAAAGUCCUACGAACUUCCUGAUGGGCAGGUCAUCACCAUUGGUAAUGAACGGUUCCGUUGUCCAGAGACCCUAUUCCAGCCAUCGUUCAUCGGCCAGGAAAGCGUUGGCAUCCAUGAAACGGUGUUCAACUCGAUCAAGAAAUGCGACGUCGACAUCCGUAAGGACUUGUUCGCCAAUACGGUCCUGUCCGGAGGAUCAACCAUGUUUGCCGGAAUUGCCGACCGUAUGCAGCGGGAGCUGACUACCCUGGCACCCACCUCGAUCAAAGUCAAGAUCAUUGCCCCACCAGAGCGCAAAUACUCCGUCUGGAUCGGUGGAUCCAUCCUGGCCUCGCUGUCCACCUUCCAGCAGAUGUGGAUCUCCAAGCAGGAAUACGACGAAUCCGGCCCAGGAAUCGUCCACCGCAAGUGCUUUUAAGCCAUUAUGCAAUUAUCUUGAUAGCGCAUCACCAAUGAAUACUUUACAAAUAUACAGUUCAUUAAACGAAA